AUCAUUUGCCUUUAAAGUGGUGAAUGUUUAAGACGUAUACUUGUUUAACGGUGAUUUAACGUGUCAGCCGAAAACAUUGAUCAACUAAUUAUAAACCGUUUAACUAUUGUGUUUUUGGUUAAACUUUUCAUUUGUUUAACCCAUUCUUUUGAACGGAAAGUGUUUUCUUACGGAAUAUCUUAAGCAACAUUGUCCACUUUCCGCUUGGUCUUGUGAACCUUUUUUUGGUUAAUCACAAUGAGUGGGACAUCGGUGAUCACCUUAAGAGCCUGCUUAUUAAUUUUAAUUGUGAUCUUUUUCCAACAACAAUUGGCUCAGGCUAAAAAAUUAUCAAAUGGAAGAGCACUUUUGAAGGCAAAAACCUUGACAAAUCCAAAUAAAAAGGUUGUCUGCUAUUAUACUAAUUGGUCUCAAUACCGGCCCAAUCAGGGUAAAUUUGUUCCAGAAGAUAUUGAUCCAGAUAUUUGUACACACGUUAUUUUUGCCUUUGGUUGGCUUAAAAAGUCCAAAAUUUCAGCCCAUGAUCCAACCGAUGAAACCAAGGCUGGAAAAAAGGGUCUCUACGAAAGAACCACUGAGCUCAAAUUGAAAAAUCCAAAGCUUAAAGUCCUCUUAGCCAUCGGUGGUUGGACUUUUGGAACUGAACGAUUUAAAACUUUGAGCUCCAAUGCUUAUAAUAGGCGUUUAUUCAUCUUCAGUGCCAUGGAAUUUUUAAGAGAACGAAACUUUGAUGGUCUCGAUUUGGAUUGGGAGUUUCCAAGGGGAAAAGAAGACAAGCAAAAUUUCGUCGAUCUUGUUAAGGAACUAAGAGAAGCCUUUGAAGCGGAAGCAAAGGAGAAGAAACUUCCUCGACUGUUACUGACCGCGGCUGUUUCAGCUGGCGCUGAUACUAUUAAAUCAGGCUACGAUGUACCUGCUGUUGCAGCAUAUCUUGACUUUCUGAACAUCAUGUCGUACGAUUUCCAUGGGAAGUGGGAAACUAAAACAGGUCAUAAUGCACCGCUCUAUGCCCAGGCAAACGAGAGUGAAUGGAGAAAGAUGCUUUCUAUAGAUUAUGGAGUCAAAUUAUGGGAAAAAUUGGGUGCUCCGAAAGAAAAAAUUGUCGUCGGAAUGGCUACUUAUGGUCGUAGCUUUACUUUGUCUUCCCUUCAACAUCAUGGAAUGAAUGCUCCUUCUGCCGGUGGCGGGAAAGCUGGUGAAUUCACAAGAGAAGCUGGUUUCUUGGCGUUUUACGAAAUUUGUGAUCUUCUUAAGGACGGUGCAGCUUCUUAUCUUUGGGAUGAUGAGCAAAAGGUACCCUACUUGGUUGCUGGUGAUCUUUGGGUUGGUUUUGAUGAUGAAAGGUCUAUCCGAAACAAAAUGAAAUGGAUCAUUGAUAACGAUUAUGCCGGAGCUAUGGUUUGGACUGUUGAUAUGGAUGACUUUACCGGUCGUUGUUCAGGAGUUAAAUAUCCAUUAAUCGGUAUAAUGGCAGAAGAGUUAAUGGGUAGACCAACUCCUCAAUCUUCAUUUAAUGCUAUCGUUAAAAAAGCUUCUUCUCGACCUUUAGCUACAAUUAAACCAACAACUCCCAGUGCUGAAAGUAAUUUGAUUGAGAAAAAAUCAGAUCUUGGAACAACCAUAUUGCCUGAUAACGCAAUAACGGAAUCUGAGGUUGAUCCAAAUUCAACCAAUGCUCGGAUAGUUUGCUAUUUCACCAAAUGGUCACAAAAACGUCCAGGAGCUGGUAAAUUUGAGCCAGAAAACAUUGAUCCAACACUGUGUACACACCUUGUUUAUGCUUUUACCGGCUUGAAAGAUCAUAAAUUAGAUGAAGACUCUGAAGAUCCAGCCAUACUUGCAUCAUUAGUUAAACUAAAAGAAAAAAAUCCAGACUUAAAACUAUUGUUGGCAGUGGGAGGUUGGAUGGUCGGUCCAGCUCCGUUCAAGGCAUUAACUGAAAAUGUCUAUCGUCAAACCUCUUUCACUUUCAGUACUAUCGAAUUUCUGCGAAAAAUCGGCUUUGAUGGUUUAGAUCUAUGCUGGGAAUUCCCUCGUGGACCAGACGAUAAAGCAAAAUUCACCGGACUCAUCAAGGAGCUACGUGAAGCUUUCGAAGGAGAAGCCAAAGGAUCUAAAAAGUCUAGAUUAUUAUUAAGUGCUGCUGUUCCAGCUAGUUUCGAAGCAGUAGCUGCUGGAUAUGAUGUCCCACAAUUGAACAAUUUUCUGGAUUACAUGAGUGUCAUGACAUAUGAUUUUCAUGGAGACUGGGAACAUGCAGUUGGUCAUAAUAGUCCACUCUUCCCAUUAAAUAGUGCCACUGGUUACCACAAAAAGCUGACAGUGGUAAGUUCAACAAGUAUCAAGGAUUUCAGUGUCUCUGAAUGGGUCAACAAAGGAGCCUCAAAAGAGAAACUGGUUGUUGGCCUACCAACUUAUGGACGAACCUUUACUCUCCAAUCGUCUAAUUUAACUGAUAUUGGAGCACCAGCUAUAAAAGGAGGUUUACCGGGUCAAUUUACCCGUGAAUCUGGAUUCCUUUCAUUCUUUGAAGUCUGUGAUUUACUUAAACAAGGAGCUACUUUAGUAUGGGACAAUGAACAAAUGGUUCCUUAUGCAUAUAAAGACGACCAAUGGGUUGGUUUUGAUGAUCUCCGUAGUUUUAAAAUUAAGGUUCAAUGGUUGAAACAAGCUGGUUACAGCGGUAUAAUGAUCUGGUCUAUUGACAUGGAUGAUUUCCGAGGAACCUGCAUGGGUUUCAAUUAUCCAUUGAUAAAUUCAGCAAAAGAAGAGCUAAGAGGUUAUCGAGUUGCUAACCUGGAAACCUCAAGUAGUACAUUAAAUAAUGCAAUUGGCCAAAAACUAGAUAAAGAUGAAGUUGUCUGUGAAGAAGAGGAUGGACACAUUAGCUAUCAUAAAGACAAAAAAGAUUGUACAAUGUAUUAUAUGUGUGAAGGGAAACGUAAACAUCAUAUGCCUUGUCCCCAAAACCUUGUAUUCAACAUUAAGGAAAAUGUUUGCGAUUGGCCUGAGAAUGUUGAAGAAUGUGCAACUGCAGCAGCACCCAAAUAAUUAUAACUCAAUACUUAUAUUACCAAGUUAAUUGCAUGUAAUAAUAAGCAAAUGGAACACACACACACACACAUAACAUACACUAGCAACAUAUAACUGUAAACAAUUCAUCAUUUUUUACUCUACAAAUUAACGACAAGCAAGCAACAACAACAACAAUCCAUCAUUUGCAUUUUGUGCCCCAUCGUAUUCACAAGGAAAUUCACUUUGAUGAUGGCUUAAACCAUCAUAAAUGAUAUAAAUCAUCAUUGUCGUCAUUUACCAUCGCCAUCAUCCUCAUCAUCAUCCUCAUUAAAAGCAUUGCUGCCCCUUUUACACAAUCUUUAUCUACAAGCCUUCCAUCUAAUAAUUGUUAACUAUUGCCACCAGUUUUUUCACUUGUUACUCAGAAGAUGGAUAAAAGGCAGAACCAUGGGGAUAACCCUGCGUUAAUUACCUUUUUUAUUCCCCUUUCUUCAUCUUCAUCCUUUUUCUGUUCAUCUUCUCUAUUGACUCAGUCUUUGCUGUAAGAUCACCCAGAUUUUUGAUGAAAGAAGAGACCAGAAAAGCUUCAAGUAAAAUACUUGAAAAACACAUUUACAACUAGAAGACAGAGUCAAUCCAAGAAGGAGGACAACAUGACCAGUCCAUUUUGGAACCAGUUUUCGGGCUUUAGGCAUCUGUAAAAUUUUGUUUUUUUUAUUUUAAUUGAGCCAGUUUUCUUCUCUACCUGAAGAUGAAGAUGAAGCUGAUGACGAUGAUGAUGAUAAAGAAAAGAGGAAGUUGAAAAGAGGAAACUUUUAGCUCUGGUUACGCUUUUAACGUUGCAAUGAUUGAAGGGAUAUUACAUUACUAUGUAUGAAUCCAUUUGUAAACUCAUCUUUCGGCAUUCAUUACCAGUAUUUUUUGAAACAUUACAUUAUCAAACUACUGAUCUAUUAGCUGUUAGAUUAGCUUGAGAAGCUAAAAGCAAACAAGUUUCUUGAUUUUUCUCAAAAUUCUUUCUAAUCAAUUUAAUCAUAACUAAUAGCUUGAGAAUUGAAUCGGAAAAGAGUUCACAGUUUCAUUGAAACUGAUUGUCAAUAUUACAACAAAAACUGUUGUUUACCUUUGAUAUCAAUGCUCAACACCAUGAAAAUGAGUUUACAAGAUUCCACAGGUUUCACCUUUAUAAUUAUCACUAUUAUUAGCUACAACAUUGUUAAUAAUUGUGAAAAAAGACAAAUAUGUGAGAAAAAAAGGUCGACACUAAACUCAAGUGAACAAAAAAGUACAAUUUCAAUGAAUAGGAAGUGAAAAGUUUACCUUUAAUGCUCACCUUGACUCUCAAUGUUCACCUUCAACAUGUUGAUAAAAUUAGAUGUUUGAAUCAGAAUUUUUAUCUUUCUCUCUUUCUCUUUUCUCAUCAUCUUCAACCAUCGUCACAAUUCUCAAGCAUAAACAUCAACAUCAUAAUGUUUAUUAAUAUCGAGAAAAGGGUGAACCAGAAAAAAGGAACAAAAUUUACCAGUAUUUUGAUUUUGUCUUCCGGGAACCCAAACGUUACCUGUUUACAUGUGUGAAAAAAAGCUGGUUAAGAGGACAACCUGCAGAAGAAUGGAAAAGAAGAAAGGCAAAAGAAGAAGAAAAAAUGAUGUUCAUUGUUAUCAUCAUCAUUGUGAAUGCUUUCUCUUACAACUCCACCAUCAGUAUCAUCAUAUCUUUUUUUAUACAUAUUAAUAUUAUUAAUAUUUACUCUUUCACUUUUAUCAAAUUUUCUCACCAUCUCCAUCAUAAUUAUCAUCAUCAUCACCACCAUCAAUCUCAUCAUUCCAUCAUUUCUUUCUUUCUUCGUCCACUUCUUUUCUUCUUGAAAUCUCUCAGAUUUCCAAUGUAAAAAAACUGAUACCUGCAACAAGAUCAUCUCAUUUCUCACCACUUUUCAAUGAAUGAACAUUUUUUACCUUAUUUGAAUGAAAAAAAAUCAAACUCAAAAUGCAUCAAGCCAAAUGUUGUUUCUCAAUCUCUUUCCUUCACAAACCCAUUUUAAAUGUGAUAUGAAAACAAAAAACAAAAUUAAUUUUAACCAAAAAAAUUUAAUAAUAAACAAAAAGACUAAAUGGCUCAAA